GAUAAUGCCACAAAAUCCAAGGCAGAUAACAAUGUUCAAGCUCCACAGCCUUCUGGUCAUCACAGCGUCCCUCGCCAGUGCCUCGCUGGCCGACAUGGUCUUCCGCUGUCCGGCGUGCACCGAAGAGCGCCAGGAUCUCUGUCCGCGGCUCAGCGAGCCUUGCGCCGAGAUGGUGCGCGAGCCGGGCUGCGGGUGCUGCCCUGUGUGCGCCCGGCUUGAGGGCGAGACGUGCGGCGUGUACACCCCGAGGUGUGCUGCUGGCUUGCGAUGCUACCCGGCGCCCGACUCGGAGCUUCCCCUGGAGCAACUCAUGCUUGGCCAGGGCCUGUGCCGGCACACGGUCGACACCGAAACCACGAGCCAGGAGAACCGGGAGCAGACAAGCGGUGAGACUUUGGAACUGUUGUCCGAAUCAGGCCUGACUGACGUCCACAUACCCAGCAAGGAAGCCACCUGGAUGGGACCCAAGGAGAGCGCUGUGAGACAACAUCGUCAAGAGAUGAUGACCAAGAUGAAGACCAAUAAGGUGGAAGAGUUUAAACCUACACGACCCAAACAGAAGACUCCGUGUCAGCAAGAGUUGGACCAAGUGCUUGAGAGGAUAUCCAAGAUGCCUUUCAGAGAUAACCGCGGUCCCCUGGAAGACCUUUAUGCCCUACACAUUCCGAAUUGCGACAGGAGGGGGCAGUAUAACCUAAAACAGUGCAAGAUGUCUUUUUAUGGUCAGAGGGGCGAGUGCUGGUGUGUAAGCCCCCACACCGGCCGACCCAUCCCAGCAGCCCCGACCGUGCGAGGCAACCCCAACUGCAGCCAGUACCUUCCAGAACUGGAGCUGGAGCUGGCCAACAUGGAGCAGAUAUAAUGAUAAUAAUAAAACAAAAAGGAACUAUAAAGCGUAGGGGUACAAACAAGAACAAAAAUGUGUAUGUACCCGUGGUUAGCUUGCAGUUGCUUACCCUCAG